CUUGGUAGGUCGUGUUUGCGUUAUCUGAAAGAUCAAAACGACACAAAAUGGAUGAUGGUAUAGCUUGUUGUGUCGUGGACAAUGGUUCCGGUAUGUGCAAGGCCGGAUUCGCCGGCGACAACGCUCCCCGUUCCGUCUUCCCCUCCGCUGUCGGCAGACCCCAUCAUCAGGGUGUGAUGCGGGGUAUUUGUCAACACAACAGCUAUGUGGGGGACGAGGCCCGGAGAUUGAGAGGUUUCCUCACCGUCAAGUACCCCAUCGAGCACGGCAUUGUCACCAACUGGGACGAUAUGGAGGAGAUCUGGCAUCACAUCUUCUACAAUGAGCUCCGUGUGGCGCCGGAAGACCACCCAGUCCUGUUGACCGAGGCUCCACUCAAUCCAAAGGCCAACAGAGAAAAGAUGACCCGGAUCAUGUUCGAGACCUUCAACUGCCCAGCUAUAUACGUCGCUGUGCAGGCUGUGUUGUCCCUGUUCGCCCUCAAUCGUAACACCGGUAUUGUCAUGGACUCUGGUGAUGGUGUGUCCCACACUGUACCCAUUUAUGAAGGUCACGCCCUACCUCACGCCAUUCUAAGGUUGGAUCUUGCCGGGAGAGAUCUAACAGAUUACUUGAUAAAUGUCCUCAGCGAGCGUGGCUAUUACUUCAAUUCAACGGCCGAGCGUGAAAUCGUCAACGAUAUCAAGGAGAAGCUCUGCUACGUCGCGCUCGACUUCGAACAGGAAAUGCGAACAGCAGCAUCAUCCAGCUCACUCGAGAAGAGCUACGAACUUCCUGACGGUCAGGUAAUCACAAUUGGCGACGAGCGUUUCCGUUGUCCAGAGGCCAUGUUCCAGCCAUCGUUCUUAGGCAUGGAAUCAGCCGGUAUCCACGAAACCACAUACAACAGCAUCAUGAAGUGCGACGUCGACAUCCCUAUGUACGUCGCUAUACAGGCUGUGUUGUCCCUGUACGCCUCCGGUCGUACCACCGGUAUUGUCACGGACUCUGGUGAUGGUGUGUCCCACACUGUACCCAUUUAUGAAGGUUACGCCCUACUUCACGCCAUUCUGAGGUUGGAUCUUGCUGGGAGAGAUCUUACAGAUUACAUGAUGAAAAUCCUCACCGAGCGUGGCUAUUCUUUUACUACAACGGCCGAGCGUGAAAUCGUCAGAGAUAUCAAGGAGAAGCUCUGCUAUGUCGCGCUCGACUUCGAACAGGAAAUGCGAACUGCAGCAUCGUCCAGCUCACUCGAGAAGAGCUACGAACUUCCUGACGGUCAGGUAAUCACAAUUGGCAACGAGCGUUUCCGUUGUCCAGAGGCCAUGUUCCAGCCAUCUUUCUUAGGCAUGGAAUCUGCCGGUAUCCACGAGACCACGUACCACAGUAUCAUGAAGUGCGACGUCGACAUCCGUAAGGACCUCUACGCCAACAUUGUUAUUUCGGGAGGUUCCACGAUGUUUCCCGGAAUCGCCGACCGGAUGCAGAAGGAAAUCACCGCCCUGGCACCACCAACCAUGAAGAUCAAGAUCAUCGCUCCACCAGAGCGUAAAUACUCUGUCUGGAUUGGUGGCUCCAUCCUGGCCUCCCUGUCCUCAUUCCAGCAGAUGUGGAUCAGCAAGCAGGAGUACGACGAAGCUGGCCCAUCCAUCGUCCACCGGAAGUGCUUCUAAAUGC